GGUUUUGACAACAGAGUCCAUAUCAAAACGCUCCUAUACACACACACACCAUGUCAUCCAGUCCAGAGAGACAUGUUAUCACCUACUGAAACAAGACAACAAGCACCAACAUCCUGCAGCAGUCCCGGCAUCACGUGUGUCCUGAGUCUCGAUCCCUCACGCGCACCUCUUCAGGAGUGCCUAGGAGCAGCAGGUUAGCACACCCAUCCUUUCUCACCUGGAACCAUGAGGAAAAGGCUGAUCCAGGUUUCUGGUUUCCUGAUCUCAACGCUGGGAUGGCUUUUUGUACUUUGUACUAUGGCAAUGGAUUACUGGAGGAUCACCCAGAUAGGUGGCCAGGGAGGUUCAUUCAUUAUCAAGGUGGCCUGGUACUGGUCCAACCUGUGGCAGGACUGCUUCACAGACUCGACAGCAGUCACCAACUGCAGAGACUUCCCUGUGCUGUGGUCUGUCAAACCUAUCGUUCAGGGAGUGAGAGGCCUGCUGAUGUGUGGACUAACCCUUGGGUUUUUUGGUGCAAUAUUUUGCUUUGUUGGCAUGGAGUGCACUUAUAUUGGAGGAGGGGGAAAAAACAAGGAUAUGCUUUUGUUCGCUGGAUCCGUAUUUCACUUUGUCGGUGGUGUGUCAGACUUAGCUGCAUACUGCUUAUACAUCAACAAAGUCGCAAGGACAACUUUCACUCAAUCUUCGCCAGGAAUCCUAAAGUAUGACUUAGGACCUCCCAUUUUUAUAGGAUUGGUUGGGUCUUUUUGCAUCCUCUUAGGGGCCAUUCUCUAUGCUGUGACUGUGUACAAAGUCCUAUUCCCUAAAGCAAAAGUGGUGCUUGCCCAUGGAGGUCCUAGAACACGAACAUACAUGGCCUCUCGGGCCGGAGGCAGAACCCUCUACACUGGAUACUACAGACCACCCAGACAGUACAGAUCCUACGGCUCAGGGAUAACCAGCAGCUCUAAACUCACUAGGAUCUCCCAGAUAACACCUGAGAAACUGUCAGACAGAGAUGCUUUUGUGUAGUGGCAUUGGCUACAGUACUAGUUCCAGACAAUGUGUUUGUAAAUACCAUUAAGAUAAAGUCUAUUAAGGAAAUUGUGAACAUUGUUUUUUUCCCAGCUACAUUAUUUGAUCUAGUCUUUUCAGGUCAAUUUUCAUUUGAUCACUCUGUUGUUGCAGAGAAUUUUCCUGCACAGAAGGAAAUGCUAAUUCUAGUGUAUUUGAGGUUUUAAAAGGCUUCUAAAGUUUGUAAUUUCCAUGUAAAAUUUUCAGAUUUGCUUUAUCGGAACUAAAAUUGUAUCAACCCCGACAAAAAAAGUCAAUUAAUUUCAAUCCACAUAAUAAUUCACAUUUCCUGUCCCUGCAGGAUUAUUUUCCUGCUGUUUAACUGGUCAAAUUAAGAUAGUAUUGCUAUGUAUUGUAUUGCUAUGCCAUAGGUUUUAAUUUACACAUCUGCCACAUACUGUUAAGCGUAUCUGUUUUCUGUCUGUAUGAUUGAUACACCCAGAAAAGAUGAGAUUCUGUGAAAGUAUGACAUGAGAAGGAUCUUUGUAUGCAAUUAUGAUAUGUUUGAUAUUUUUAUGAAUAUAAAUACAACUUUGGAUAUGCAAUAGAAAUAAUGGAGUGAUUAUUGCAGACACAACUAUUUCGUAAAACCUCUAGUGCAGACUGAAACCUAUAAGGAAAAUUAUGGCAAAGUCAUAAUAUGAACACGACCUGUGUUUUUAGGCCUAUACGAAACAAACUUAAUGUUGGUAGAAUCCUGGUUAUUGUACCAAUAACAAACAUGGCAUGCCCUCAUGGGGAGAAAAGUCAUCGGUCAGCAUACACCUUGCCUCUUUUUCCAUCAGUUUGGAGAGAGGAGGUGUGAUGAUAUACACAAAGACACGCUCUCAAUGUGUUGAGGAGGGGUGGGGGUGGUGGAAGAAGGUGAGCCUUCCUUCUCCCGAUAGCUCACAGUUCUUCACAGUUUGAGUUCUGAAAGGGACGGCAACAGCUCAACUGCCAUUACUUGGCUUUCUCCCUCUGCCUGGUGUCUGUUGCAUACAGAGAGGCAGCAAUCAACUACAGAACAGUAGCAAUGUGCAUGGAGAUUGGCUGCUUAGUGCUCUGUGUGAGUGGAUGGAUCCUGGUCUGCUCUACAAUGCCACUGAGAUCUGGACCUGCUCUGAGGUAGACAGCAUCGUUCUGACCACUUCAAACUACUUCUCCAAUCUCUGGAAGGAUUGCACUUCUGAUUCAACAGGAGUGUUCAACUGCAAUGGUAUCCCAUCAAUGUUCGCAUUGAACUGGGGCAUCCAUAUGCUCCGGGCUCUGAUUAUCACCUCUAUUAUCUUGGGAUUCUGAGAUAGGAGGAUCUUCUGCACUAAGAUAGGAGGAUCUGAGGUUACAAACGCAAGUGGGACUUUUGAUGGAUGGAUUAACUAUCUUGUGUCUGGUAAACAUUUUAUUUUUGUUGUUGACGUGGUUAUUCUGAUCAUUGGGUUCCUGGGUGAACUCGAACAGUCGAGUUGUCUUGUUUCAGGGUUGUGUUCCAUGACUGCAUUCUCUUAUUAUGGAAACAAAGUAAGAGUAGAAUUUCAGGAUCUCAAUUUCAGGGCACAAGAGUUAGUAAACAUCUAUCAAUUCUAUGUAGAUCCAAUACUUAAAUAGGGGUUUAGAUUUGUAUUCAGUAAUAUAUGAAAACACUUCACAGCUAUUAUAGUAUAAGGGAGGGACAUGGAGCUUUAAACAAUGAAAAUGCAUGACACACCUUCAUGGUAUUUUUUUUUUAAUCAGAUACUAAUAGGUAAAGAAAUGGAAGUAGGUGUUUCCAUUGGAUGUGGAGGCUCGGACAGUUGGGGGCCUCAUUUGCAGUUUCUUUGCACAUAGGGAAGGGUGUCAAUCAAGGUGUGUUUUAUAGAUUUUAUUUUUUAAAUGACAUGCUCUAGAUUUCAAAUCAACUGUUUUUCCAUUGUACGCUUUAUAUUGCAUCCCAUGUCCUGAAAUGUAUUUUAUAUGUGAAUAAAAGAUCCCAAACAUU